AUGGAUAUCCGAAUCAACGCGGCCGUGUUGGGCAUCACCCGCAACGGCCGUCAACUGCAGGGUUUGGAGGGAGUAGUAUCUCGCGAACCGGGAACCACCGGCUCAGAUGAACUUCCCGGCCAGUGCCUCUCGCGUGCCUUUUCCCCGUGGGACAGCGGGAGAGGCUAUUGUAGGAUUUGCACGCCAGCAAUACAACGUCUGCUUCGCGAACGCCUGAUUGAAUUAUCAUUCUGCAGGACCGUGAGGAAUCAAUUCUGUGAGGUGAAAGACGUCGCGGUUGAUGCGUUUGGCGGACGCUUGGCGAGCCAUGCAAGGGAUACGAUUGGCUUCAGGAGGGAUCACGGUAUCGGAAUUUGA